AAACCCAAACCGGAUGCACGACUACCUUUGUAGUGUGACAAUCUGGAGGAAACAUUUCAUUAUUAAUUACUAAAGUAUCACAAGCUCAGAUUCACACACGAGGCAUUGGUUAAACGGUUGUCGUAGCAACAGAAAGAUGUUGUAGAUGAGCCAAAGUAGGUCAAAGAUGAUGAUGGAGGACGGAGGAUGUGAUAGAUGACGAUCACUGCAAUCAUGUGAAGGAUAUGAUGCGUGUUCUCUUGUGCCUUUCAGAUGAGAUCGAGGUGGUCAUGUUAUUGACCCUAGACCUGACCUUCACUCCAGAACUGAGUAUUCCAACGAGCAGCCAGUUCAUAGCCCUGAGAGGAAGAGUACAGCCAGUGCUGGAGGCAAACUAUCGAUCGCUCACAGGAUUCAGGUCGAUUAAUGUGCGAGGAUUCAGCGCGGGAAGUGUCGUCGUCGACUUCACCAUCGGGACGACCACGGUGGUUGAUGGGGAGCUGAAGGCCGCCAACGACAACCUGGAGCAGAGCUUUGAGCCCAUCGCCGCGGUGCUGGGCAUCUUCAGACUCUUCACCAGUCAGUCAAAGAUAUAA